UAUGGAGGAUGGUCUAAUUCGUUUAAUUAAUCAUCUAAAUACUGAGGUAUUAAUUUGGAAAAAAAAGGUCAAAGAUGAGGAGAAUCGUAAAAAAGACUUAAUGAGAGAAUUUCAAAAUCUGGAAAAAGAAAUUAAACAUAGCGAAACUAAGGUUCAAUCACUGCUUACCCAAAAAAAUAUCUUAGUGGAUGAAAAUAAAAGUUUAAUAGAUAGAUUAUCAAGUUAUAAGCUAUCACUUGAACUCUCCAAAAAACAAUGGGAACAUCUUAAACAGCAAAUUGCUUUCAAAGCUGAAAGACAGCGUUCUGAUGUAGAGGGCUGGUUAGUAAAUUUGAACAAGCUAAAAAAAGAUCUUGAACUUACAAAAGACAGGAGUCUUCAGAUUUUUAGUAAACUCAAUUUGAAUACUAUUCCAGAGCCUUCCAAACUAUUGGAAAUAAUUAAAGAGGAAACGGAAAAGCUAAAAAUUUUACGAGAUGCUUCAAGUAGAGAUCAAAAUGAGUGGAUAAAAACUCAAAGGAAAUUGGUCUCUUGCUGGGCAAUCUACCGGUUCUCAAAGGUAUUCCACAAGUCAUAUGAUGCAGAAAACAAGGAAAACCCGCAAACUCGUUUGGAAAAUAACAAAAUGGAUAUAGAACUAUUGUCCUGCUUUCAAAGUGAUCAGAAUAUUGAAAAGCAAAUGUCAGUUGAUAGAGAAAAUAGUGAUAAAGAGAAAGAAAUACAAACAUCUGAAAAUCAAGAAACUGUCUUUAAAAAGGAUGAGUGGGUAGGAGUCUCGUCUUCAGUGAAACCAGGCCUACAAUCAGCCGAAAAUGAUGUUAUAAAAAUUCCCUGCCAGGAAGAUAGUAAUGCAAAAACUCAAAGUCUUGAAAAUUCUGGAACAUUAUCAAAUUUUCUAAAACCCUCAUUAAAAAUGAAUGAAAAUUACAAAAUUCGUGGAAAGUACUCAGAGGCUCAAUCUACCAUCGAUAUGUCCACAUCAGAAUAUUCCAAGUCCAAUACUCCUGAAGCUAAAAGCGAUUUUAGAUUCAAUUUCACAGAAGAUGAAAAGACUGAUAUUGGCAAAAAUUGCUCUGAAAGACAAUAUUCAUACAAAAUACCAAAAGGAAAAACCACCCAAGGAAACCUGAAUGGGAGAUCUGGUGAUAAAUAUGAGUCGCCAAGAUAUGAAGAACUUCGAAAUAAACAAGCUUUAGAGAGGCAGAGCAGUCCACACUUUUCAGAAUCUCCUAUGAAAAUUGCAAAAAAGCAAAAAGGAGGUAGAUUUGACUUCACCAACCUCAUAAAAACCUGUUCACCCAUGCAAAGAAAUGUAGUAGACAAUGAUAUCACUUCAAACCAGCUCAGUACCUCAGAUAUAGAUCUGACGAUAAAACUGUGUGAAAAAAUCUCAUCUCCAUUUACACCUAAGAGUUCCCGAACCCCGUUAGAAAGUAAAUUAACAAGCCCUACUACAAACCCAACUGAAAAGACGGAAAGUCUUGAUUUCAAUUCAAAAGCAGAGGAUAUGGACACUGCUUUUAAUUUUUUGGAUCAACGACUUCCUAAAAAUGAUAUUACUGUGGAGAACAAUAAAUCUUUGUUUGACUUUAGUGACACUCCCGCUGAGAAAAAGACAAAUGAUGAAUUUCAUUUCACUUUUCAAGACUAA